AUGGAAUCAAGAGCACCUGGUGGAUCUCAGUUGACUCCGAAAGAACGGGAAAACAAGAAGCCUACGCAAUCAGGGGAGAUGGAAAAGGAGGAUGUAGAGACACAGGAAGGUGUCGGGGAGAAAAGUCAAGAGGCAGAAGGGAUGGUAGAGGAUAGGAAGGAAGGUUCAAAUGAAGGAGGUAAAGAGUCGUCAUCAAGUGAAGAGUUGACAAAAGAAGAUAUUCAGAAGGCGAUUCAAAAGAAGAAUAAGAAGAAGAAUAGAGGUAGAGGAAAGGGAAAGGAGAAGAAGGAGGGUUCAUCAGAGGAAUCGGGGAGUGAGAAUGGCUGGUUGGGGGAGAUAGCAAAGGAUUAUGGAAGGUUGGUGGAGAAAGAUCAACGCCCGAUAGAUGCGCAAGCGAAAAAGAAGGAGAGAAGAGGAAUGCUGGAUGGGCGACCACUCCUAGAUCGUUUAGCGGAGGUGAUUGAAUUCGGUAAUGAGGAGGACUUUAUUGAAUUAAGGAGAGAGAUGAAGUCGAAGAAGAAUGAAGAGAGAGAAGAGGAGGGGAGAGAGAAAGGAGGAAGGAAGGAGGAGGAGGAUAGAGAGAAGAGGAAGGGGUCAAGUUCGAAGAAGAAGAGAACCAGGAGAGGAAAGAGAGGUGGUUCGUCGUCGUCGUCAUCAGAAGAUGAGAAACCAGACUCGACUAAGGAGAAGAAGGUGUCCAAGAGGUCGAAGUUAGAGGACUCGUCUUCAGGAGAAAGCUCGGAUUCGGAGUCUGAUUCGUCGAGGGCUGGCAGGACGAAGAAGGAAAGGCCCAUAGUAUUCUCUUUCAAACCUGUGGCGGCGUACGAUCUACCGGAUCUUCCACCUCAAUGGGAGAAGAAUUUCAGACGGAUGAAAUAUUAUGUUCCCCUAUCGGUUUUUACGGCGUCGUACAUUGAUGAAUAUAAGUCGACGAGUAAAUCAAAUCUCGGGAGGUUGAAUGCCGAGGAGAAAGGUGGUUGGAAAGGAAGGGGUCAACGUGGUGGUAAUCGAGGCCAUUAUGUGAAGCCAGAAACGUCGAUGCCGUUUAAACCGCAAGGCCAAUUUCAGAAGAGAGGGGCCGGGAAGGAUUGGGUGACUCUAGGGCAGCAACAUGCGAGUAACCAAGCCUCGGGCUCAGGGAAAGGGGGAAGAAAGUAUGGGAAAGGAGAAGGGAAAGCUGAUUGCUAA